ACUGGCGAGGGGAAGAGCCUGCUGUUCAUACUACCCUGCAUCCUCCCUGAUGCUAGGGUGACGAUCUUAGUCUUGCCCCUUGUGUCUCUGCGAGGGGACCUCCUCCGCCGAGUCCGAGAGUUGGGGAUCGAUCACUUGGUGUGGGCGCCUGGCGAGCAGCAAGAUGCACCCUUGGUGUUUGUCACAGUUGAAGCAGCAUGUACGGAACAGUUUCGGACUUAUGCCCACAAGCUCGCGGCUACGCAAGACCUCGGCCGCAUUGUGUUUGACGAGGCUUACUUGACCAUCACAGCGUCCGACUAUCGCUAGGCUAUGGUUGACCUCGCCUUGAUCCGCAACGUCCGUACGCAGUUUGUUUACUUAAUAGCCACUCUACCACCGACAAUACAGGCCACGUUUGAAGAGCAGAACAACUUAGUGAAUCCUAAAGUGAUCCGGGCAUCGACGAACCGGCGGAACCUCUUCUAUAUGGUACAGCGGGCCACUAGGCUAGGGACUCUUCUAGAGGAGGGCGCGCGGAGGGCUCGGGACGCGUGGGAGAAUAGCCGGCUCUUGGAUCGGGCUCGAGACAAGAUCAUCUUGUAUGUGCGGACAAAGGAAGAUGCUGCUACGCUAGCUGAGCUGCUCUGCUGCUCCUAGUACACAGCCGACGUAGGCACGGCUGAGCAGAAGGAGGAGCUGCUGAGAACGUGGCUUGCCUCCUCGGACUAGCCGUAUAUCGUGGCCACGUCUGCACUAAGCGCCGGCUUCGACUAUGCCCACGUUCGUCUAGUUAUACACAUCAAUAAGCCGUCGUCUUUAGUCGACUUCGCCC